GACUAGUACAUACAGUAUGAAGGAAAGUAUGGGCCAUGGGUUAGAGCAUCUCCACCAGCCUCGCUCCAGCUCCGGCGAGGUCAAAGUGGCCAGCCAAACUCCUCUUUUCCGGUUUCCAGCAGACUCGGCAGCCCCUCGCCAGUUUGCUCCCUCGCUUCAGCCCCUCGCCUCGACCAGCGAGGUAUGAAAGGCUCGCUUGCCCUCUGCUCCUUUCUCUCUCCCCCAAAACACACCGGCGACCACCGGCGAUGAGAUUUCCUACUCCCACGAGUCAGUGAAGGCGUGAUUUCUCAUCGUCGUUGUUGUGAAGACUAGUGAAGAUGAACAUCUGAUUUGCAAAAUCCAAGGUCGGUUCCUAUUUUUGUAGCCCAAAAUCAAAAUUGACUGAUCUUGGUGGCUUUGGACGCUCGAUUCCUUUCUUGUAGCUUGGAAAUUGAGAUUAAAAUCGACUGAUUUUCCACCUUUCUAGAUUUGGGUUUGGGGUUUCGUUGGAGAGAAUUGGGAAGUCCAUGGGAACGUCAACCUGAGAGGCGAGAUCUGGGAAGUCUUGGGAAGUCCUGGUUUGACAGCUGUAUUCACUUUUAUUGUAUUUGACAGCUGUAAUCUCUUUUGCCUUGGCUGUUGGGUGUCUCAACCAUUUGGUGGCUAGCUAACUCAUUUUUCCUAAGCAAAAUGGCUAGAAUUUUGAUUACUCUGUUGGAGAUGCUCUUAGAGGUACUAUCUGUGAAAAGAAAUGAGAGAUUUUUUUUUUGAAAAGAAAUGAGAUUAGAGUAAACAGAAGUGGAGAGUGCGAAGAAGAGACGACGGCGCCGAGAACAGAGAUUGGGAGCCUCUCUACGAUGCUAAGAUCCAAGAUUUUGCCGUUGAAGCCCAGAAAUAGAAAGAGAAAGAGAGAGCAAAAUGUUGUUUCCAAAAAUCAAGAACCACUACCCCUAACAGUAGUGGAAGAAGAAGUAGAAGAAGGUUUCAGCUUAAAGACAUCAGCUCCAUCACACAGUCAUGGGGUCCAACCACUGGGUAAUCUCUACUUCAACCCAUCCUCACACAACUCUAGAAACACUGGCCUUGGUAAUCUCCAAACCCUAACUGAUGAGCUUGUUCUUGACAUUCUAGGCUACUUGAGUGGUACCCAUUUGGGUAUUUUAUCCAUUGUCAGCAAAUCUUUUUAUGUCUUCUCUGACCAUGAACCCCUUUGGAGGAACCUUGUGCUGGAAAACUACGGUGGUGGUUUUUUGUAUAAUGGGUCUUGGAAAUCUUCUUUUGUUUCUGCUUAUAAGCCAUCGUUCGUUGGUUCUUGUGUUGGGUCUUUGGGUUUGAAAGUCAGAGACUUUUAUUCUGAUUAUUUGUUUCAGAGUUGGCUAUGUGCCAAUCUUGUUAUGAAACCCGAAUGGCUCGAAAGGGAUAACAUACAGAGGAGGAGAGGAAUGUCAGUUGAUGAAUUUAUAUUGAAUUUUGAGGAACCAAAUAAGCCAGUGCUGCUUGAAGGGUGUACGGAUAAUUGGGUUGCGUUGAAAAAAUGGGACACAGAUUAUUUGGUUGAGGUUUGUGGUGAUGUGAGGUUUUCCGUGGGGCCGGUGGAGAUGAGGCUCCAAGAUUUCCUUAGUUACUCGGAUCAGGCAAGGGAAGAGAGGCCCUUGUAUCUUUUUGACCCAAAAUUUGCAGAGAAAGUUCCAAGGUUGGGUUCAGAUUAUGAAGUUCCAGCGUAUUUUACUGAGGACCUAUUUAAGGUUUUGGGUGGUGAGAGGCCGGAUUACAGAUGGGUUAUUAUUGGGCCUGCCGGGUCCGGUUCAUCAUUUCAUAUCGACCCUAAUUCAACCUCGGCAUGGAAUGCCGUGAUCAAAGGGUCCAAGAAAUGGGUCUUGUUUCCCCCUGAUGUGGUCCCACCUGGGGUGCAUCCGAGCCCAGACGGGGCUGAGGUGGCUUGUCCUGUUUCAAUAAUUGAGUGGUUCAUGAACUUCUACAAUGCCACGAAGAAAUGGGAAAAGAAGCCCAUUGAGUGUGUUUGCAAGGCGGGGGAAGUGAUCUUUGUACCCAACGGAUGGUGGCAUUUGGUGAUCAACUUAGAAGAUUCCAUUGCAAUUACCCAAAAUUUUGUUAGCAGGAGGAAUUUAGUCAAUGUUUUGGAUUUUCUCAAGAGACCAGAUGCUAACACACUAGUAUCUGGAACAAGAGACCGGGUGAAUUUGCAUGACAAGUUUAGGAAGGCAAUUGAGGCAUCUUUCCCUGGAACUAUUGGUCAGUUGAUUUUGGAAGCAGGGGAGAAGAAGGCUCAGCAGAAGAAACCUUCUUUCUGGGACUCAGUAACAGAUUCCAAGGCCGGUGCAUUCAAGUUCUCUUUCUAAAUAAGCACCGGUGCAAACUAUAACUAGGGUGACAGAUCUGCAAAUACUCUUAGCAUAUGCCAAUGUCUGCUUUGGAUGGAGAGGCAUGGUUUGCAACAGUUUUGAAUCAUGUUCUUUUACUAGAUUUCCACAUUAAAAAAGUGAGGGAUGGUUUGCAACAGUUUUGAAUCUUGUUCUUUACUUGCAUUGAGUAGGGAACAAUUUAAACAGAGUGGCAUGUGGUUUAAAACAAGCAAACAGGAAUGAUUGAGUUUUGGUCUUGUCGACGAAAAGGGAUUAGAGUAGCAAAGGUAGGGAGGACGAGGUCCCUAUUCGAGCAGCGAAGAAGAGACAAUGGUGGCGAGGACAGUGAUUGGUUCAAAGCUGGGCCAAAAAUGGUUCAAACUAAUCGCCAGCUAAAUUAGGGUCCCUUUCCCGUACCUUUGUCCCUUUUCCAUGCCUUUGUUUGUGUGCUUCGAUCUGUGGUUUGCUACUUUUUUAGUGUAUUCCUGAGUUUAUAUGCAAUAAUAAUCACUUCCUGUUUAAACAUUCUGUCUGUGCAUGUAACGGCACAUUCCCUCAUGUCAGGACUUACAGGUAUGGUCCUUUAAUCGAGUUUAUGAUUGAAUUCAAAGUGUUACAUUUUGACUGUCUA